GUUCUGUGUGUUCUAGCUCUUCUACAUCGGCUUCCUGAUGCUGUAUUCAUACGUGGUGUUGGUGAAGAUGGAGUCGUUUCCGUCUCCUCAGGAAUGGGUCGUCAUUCUUUGCAUCUUCACGUUGGGGGUGGAGAAGAUUCGAGAGAUGUUCAUGUCUGAAGGAGGUAAAAUCAGUCAGAAGAUUAAAGUCUGGUUCUGCGACUACUUCAACGUUUCUGAUUUCCUGGCCAUCCUGAUGUUCUUCGUGGGCUUCGGUCUGCGCUUCGGCUCGGGGAUCGUGUUCAUCACGGGCCGGUUAGUGUACUGUCUGAACAUCAUCUUCUGGUACGUACGGCUGCUGGACAUCCUGGCGGUCAAUCAGCAGGCCGGACCCUACGUCAUGAUGAUCGGGAAGAUGGUGGCCAACAUGUUCUACAUCGUGGUCAUCAUGGCCGUGGUGCUGCUGAGUUUUGGAGUUCCCCGGAAAGCCAUUCUGUACCCAAACGAGGAUCCCUCGUGGACCUUAGCCAGAGAUGUGGUGUUCCAGCCCUACUGGAUGAUGUACGGUGAAGUCUACGCCUACGAGAUCGAUGUGUGUGCGAACUCGAGCGACCCGAACGUGAAGGAUCUGUGCGGGCCCGGUGUGUGGCUGACGCAGCUGCUGCAGGCCGUCUAUCUGUUCGUCCAGUACAUCCUGAUGGUCAACCUGCUCAUCGCCUUCUUCAAUAACGUCUACAUGCAGGUGAAGUCCAUAUCCAACCUGGUGUGGAAAUACCAGCGCUAUCACUUCGUCAUGGAGUACCACGACAAGCCCGUCCUUCCUCCGCCGCUGAUUCUGCUCAGCCACGCCGCGUCUGUGCUGUCCUCCAUCUGCAGGAAGAGGAAGAAGGACAGCAGCACCUACGGCCCAAAGCUCUUCCUGACCGAGGAGGACCAGAAGAAGCUGCACGACUUCGAGGAGCAGUGCGUGGAGACAUACUUCCACGAGAAAGACGAUCAGUUUCACUCUGGGAGUGAAGAGAGAAUCAGACUCACGUCCGACAGGGUGGAAACGAUGUGUGUGCAGCUGAAGGAGGUGGGAAACAAGGUGAACUUCAUCAAGCGCUCUCUGCACACGCUGGAUUCUCAGAUCGGACACCUGCAGGACCUGUCUGCGCUCACGGUGGACACACUGAAGGCACUGACCGCGCAGCGAGCGUCCGAGGCUAGCAAAGUGCACAACCAGAUCACACGCGAGCUCAGCGUCUCCAAGAACCUGGGGCCCGACCUGACGGGGCACUCGAAGUCCAGCGCUCUGGUGCGGUGCAGCGUGGGAUUCCUGCCUCCCACCACCAGCAUAGCAGAGUCUCUGUUCGGGGGCGGAGCCGAGGAGCGGCAGGGGGCGGAGCUUCCUCCCAGCCUCCAGAGACGGCCUGCGCUCACAGCCUCGUCUGGAUCCUCUGAGGUCACCUCACCACAGCUGCGGCGCCGCGGACGCUCCGUGCAGCAGGACACGUGUCCCAGCAGCCCCGUCAGCACCCCGCCGCAGACACACACGGAGCCGGCGCACGUCACAGUGGAGUUCGGGGCCUUCGUGGGUCACAAGGAUGAUCCUGAGGGUCAGAGGUCGUUUCCUAAAGAGGGUGCUGUCAGCCGUCAGCCGAGUCCCUCCAGAAAGACUCGAGACGCGGCGGCCGCGGCGCAGGGUCACGUGCGGAUGGUGAACUCGUACGCCGGCUUCACCGAGCUCGACAGAAACCCUUCAGUCCUGCAGCCAGAGUCCGCGCUCGGGAAGCAGGAGAGCACACGCGUGUCGCUGGAGGACGUCUCGUGUUAUGAGGAUCCGCUGCUGGGGAAAUCAUCUCAGUCCAGUAAACCGAGUCCAGGAGAAGACAUCUCAAACACUGCAGCGGGGCUGUACGGUGCUCGUCACACACACCUCUCCGUGUGGAAGGACUCGAUCAGUUCUCCGUUCAAGCCCAUGGACAGUUAUCAGUAUUCAGCGGUGGAGCGUAAUAACCUGAUGCGGUUGUCCCAGAGUAUUCCAUUCACCCCAGUGCCCCCUCGAGGUGAACCGGUGACCGUGUACCGUCUGGAGGAGAGCUCUCCCAACAGCAUCAAUAACAGCAUGUCGUCCUGGGCUCAGCGUGGUCUCUGUGCUAAGAUCGAGUUCCUCAGUAAGGAGGAGAUGGGUGGAGGUCUGCGCCGGGCGCUGAAGGUGCUCUGCACCUGGUCCGAGUACGACAUCCUCAAGCCUGGACACCUGUACAUCGUCAAGUCCUUCCUGCCCGAGGUGGUCAACACCUGGCAGAGCAUCUACAGAGAGGACACCGUCCUGCACCUCUGUCUCAGGGAAAUUCAGCAGCAGAGAGCAGCUCAGAAACUCACGUUUGCCUUCAAUCAGAUCAGACCCAAAACCAUCCCAUACUCCCCCAGGUUUCUGGAGGUCUUCCUGCUCUACUGUCACUCUGCCGGUCAGUGGUUUGCCAUCGAGGAGUGCAUCACUGGAGACUUCCGCAAGUUUAAUAAUAACAACGGGGAUGAAAUCGUGCCGACCAACCUUCUGGAGGAAACCAUGCUGGCCUUCAGCCACUGGACGUAUGAGUACACUCGAGGAGAGCUGCUGGUGCUGGACCUGCAGGGGGUCGGUGAGAUACUGACAGAUCCAUCAGUCAUCAAGAGCGGAGAGAAAGGGUCUUAUGAUAUGAUCUUUGGGCCGGCGAAUCUCGGAGACGAUGCCAUUCGAAACUUCCGCACCAAACAUCACUGCAACUCGUGCUGCAGGAAACUCAAGCUUCCCGAUCUGAAGCGGAACGACUACACUCCUGAUAAACUGACGCUGCAGCAUGACCCCUCCGAGGACCCGUCCGCUAAAGAACAGCGUCCCUCAAUGCGCUUAAUGCUGUGAGACACACACACACACACACACACACACACACACACACACACACACAUCACAGUGUGUGUGCGGAGGACAUAAGUGUGCAUGUUUUAUAUGAAUGUGUCGCCUCUGAACAAAUGAUGCAAUCUAGAGAUGUUUUAAUAAAUCACAUUUUAUCCUGUACAAUUAUAACAGGGAGUAUGAGCUUUUAAAAGUAUUUUUUUAAGUUUUUAUGGCUGUAUAAAAGUAUAAAGUGGUUAAUAACUGGUACAAUAUCACUGUAUUGUUACAUAUUUAUUCUAAAUUACAGGAAGUAGCCUUGUAUAAAAUAAAAGCUAUUUUACGUGUGAUGUCUGUUAGUUUUGGGAAAGACCUCUGGCUCAUUAAACUAUUAUCAGAUGUUGUACAGAGCUGUAUGAAUGCAUCUAUGGUUUGAACCUCGUGUAGAUUAUGGGCAGAUUGCAAUGCAAACCACAGAAGAGUGUGUGAUCUGACUGAGACUCACGUUAUAAUGUUACAGAGGUACUGUCGUCAGAGUAUCGUGUGAAAGGGUUAAUCGUGUAUCUCAUAGAUACAUUUAUCUGGCACAGUUCUAUCAACUCAAACAUGAGAGUAUUUGAUGCUGGGGAUGCUAUAUUAAUGGAUCUGUACACAUUUUUUACUGUAUAUUUAAUAAAACACUGAAAAACCUG